ACUGGUUAAUCGGGAAUGAGGCCAUCCUCCAGGCUGCUUCACUAGGCUUGCAGUUGGCCAAAGCACCCAGAGUUCAGCUGACUCUCAAAGACUGACUCAUGCUCAGCCGACUUAAAAGAAGGUGAUAGAUCCAGGAUGCCAAAUUAAUAAUGAGAAGUAGAAAUGCCAAGAAGGCUGGGAUGCUUUGGUCAACUGGUCACAGUGUUCUUUCUCUGUAGUAGGAUCUGCCUUGGAAACCAGGUUAUUUAAAGUUGCUUAUUAAUCAUGGAAUCUAAGCAAGGCUACAUGACUCCCUGAAGGAUAAGAACAAUGUUAUGUUGGGGAUAUUGGUCUCUGGGCCAACCUGGGAUCAGCACCAACCUGCAGGGGAUUGUGGCCGAGCCACAGGUGUGUGGAUUCAUAUCGGAUAGAAGCGUCAAGGAAGUGGCCUGUGGAGGAAACCACUCCGUGUUCCUGCUGGAGGAUGGAGAGGUUUACACGUGCGGUUUGAACACCAAGGGCCAGCUGGGCCAUGAGAGGGAAGGAAACAAGCCAGAGCAAAUUGGAGCCUUGGCAGAUCAGCACAUUGUCCAUGUGGCGUGUGGCGAGUCCCACAGUCUGGCCCUCAGCGACCGGGGCCAACUGUUUUCUUGGGGUGCGGGGAGUGAUGGUCAGCUAGGACUCAUGACUACUGAGGAUUCCGUGGCAGUGCCCAGGUUAAUACAGAAGCUGAACCAGCAGACAAUAUUACAAGUUUCCUGUGGCAACUGGCAUUGCCUGGCUCUUGCAGCUGAUGGUCAGUUCUUCACCUGGGGAAAGAACAGCCAUGGACAGCUGGGCCUGGGGAAGGAGUUCCCCUCCCAAGCCAGCCCGCAGAGGGUGAGGUCUCUGGAGGGCAUCCCUCUGGCUCAGGUGGCUGCAGGAGGGGCCCACAGCUUUGCCCUGUCUCUCUCAGGAGCCGUUUUUGGCUGGGGCAUGAAUAACGCAGGGCAGCUCGGGCUCAGUGAUGAAGAAGAUCGAGAGUCUCCUUGCCAUGUGAAACUCUUACGAACGCAAAAAGUUGUCUAUAUUAGUUGUGGAGAAGAACACACAGCAGUUCUCACAAAAAGUGGAGGUGUGUUUACCUUUGGUGCUGGUUCCUGUGGGCAACUCGGACAUGAUUCCAUGAAUGAUGAGGUUAAUCCAAGAAGAGUUCUAGAGCUGAUGGGCAGUGAAGUCACUCAGAUUGCUUGUGGCAGACAACACACCCUAGCCUUUGUGCCUUCUUCUGGACUCAUCUAUGCAUUUGGUUGUGGAGCAAGAGGUCAAUUAGGAACUGGACAUACUUGUAACGUGAAAUGCCCGUCUCCUGUGAAAGGUUACUGGGCUGCGCAUAGUGGCCAGCUUUCAGCCAGAGCUGAUCGCUUUAAAUAUCAUAUCGUUAAGCAGAUCUUCUCCGGAGGAGACCAAACUUUUGUACUUUGCUCCAAAUAUGAGAAUUCUUCUCCUGCUGUUGACUUCAGGAUGAUGAACCAAGCACAUUAUACCAGUUUAAUAAACGAUGAAACCAUAGCAGUUUGGAGACAAAAACUCUCAGAACACAACAAUGCAAAUACAAUCAAUGGUGUUGUUCAGAUAUUAUCUUCUGCAGCCUGUUGGAAUGGAAGUUUUCUUGAAAAAAAAAUUGAUGAACAUUUUAAAACAAGUCCCAAAAUCCCUGGGAUUGACCUGAACUCAACUCGAGUGUUAUUUGAGAAGUUAAUGAAUUCUCAGCACUCCAUGAUUCUAGAACAGAUCUUAAACAGCUUUGAAAGUUGCCUGAUUCCUCAGUUGUCGAGUUCACCACCAGAUGUUGAAGCAAUGAGAAUCUAUUUAAUACUUCCUGAAUUUCCCCUGCUCCAGGAUUCCAAGUAUUACAUAACGUUGACUAUUCCCCUGGCUAUGGCCAUUCUGCGGCUGGAUACAAACCCUAGCAAAGUAUUAGAUAACUGGUGGUCUCAGGUGUGCCCCAAAUAUUUCAUGAAGCUGGUAAACCUCUAUAAAGGCGCAGUCGUUUAUCUACUGAGGGGAAGAAAGACAUUCUUAAUUCCUGCGCUGUUUAACAAUUACAUUACAGCAGCUCUCAAGCUCUUGGAGAAGUUAUAUAAGGUAAAUCUUAAAGUGAAGCAUGUGGAAUAUGACACAUUUUACAUUCCUGAGAUUUCCAGUCUCGUGGACAUUCAGGAAGACUACCUCAUGUGGUUCUUGCAUCAAGCAGGCAUGAAAGCUAGACCAUCUAUAAUACAGGAUGCUGUGACACUUUGUUCCUACCCGUUCAUCUUUGAUGCCCAAGCCAAGACCAAAAUGUUACAGACUGAUGCUGAACUACAGAUGCAGGUGGCAGUCAAUGGAGCCAACCUGCAGAAUGUCUUCAUGCUUCUCACCCUGGAGCCUCUGCUGGCCAGAAGCCCCUUCUUGGUCCUUCAUGUUCGCAGGAACAACCUUGUUGGAGAUGCCUUAAGAGAGCUGAGCAUUCAUUCUGAUAUCGAUUUGAAAAAGCCUCUCAAAGUAAUCUUUGAUGGUGAAGAAGCAGUGGAUGCUGGUGGUGUCACAAAGGAAUUCUUUCUUUUACUGUUAAAAGAACUUUUGAAUCCCAUCUAUGGAAUGUUUACCUGCUAUCAAGAUUCAAAUCUCUUGUGGUUUUCAGAUACGUGUUUUGUAGAGCACAACUGGUUUCACUUGAUUGGCAUAACCUGUGGACUAGCUAUCUACAACUCCACCGUGGUCGAUCUCCACUUCCCGUUGGCACUCUACAAGAAGUUACUGAAUGUAAAGCCUGGCUUGGAAGACUUGAAGGAGCUGUCACCCACUGAAGGAAGGAGUCUUCAAGAACUUUUAGAUUACCCUGGGGAAGAUAUUGAGGAGACUUUCUGCCUCAACUUCACGAUUUGUCGAGAAAGCUAUGGAGUGGUUGAACAGAAGAAGCUGAUACCCGAGGGAGACAAAGUGACUGUGUGCAAGGAUAACAGGCAGGACUUUGUGGAUGCUUAUGUGAAUUAUGUCUUCCAAAUCUCAGUUCACGAAUGGUACACAGCCUUCUCCAGUGGCUUCCUAAAGGUGUGUGGUGGCAAAGUGCUUGAGCUCUUCCAGCCUUCAGAACUGAGGGCCAUGAUGGUGGGGAACAGCAACUACAACUGGGACGAACUGGAAGAGACUGCCAUCUACAAGGGUGAUUACUCAGCCACACAUCCCACCGUGAAACUAUUUUGGGAAACAUUUCAUGAGUUUCCAUUGGAAAAGAAGAAGAAGUUUCUCUUGUUCCUGACAGGCAGCGAUCGGAUUCCCAUCUAUGGCAUGGCGAGCCUACAGAUUGUCAUCCAGUCCACAGCCAGCGGGGAGGAGUACUUGCCGGUGGCCCACACUUGCUACAACCUUCUUGACCUCCCCAAGUACAGCAGCAAAGAGAUCCUGAGCGCACGGCUGACCCAGGCCCUUGACAACUACGAGGGCUUUAGUCUGGCCUGAGGCUCCCCUGCUGGCCCUAGCUUGCCCUUCCUUCCUCAGUGUCCACAUUGAGGCCUAUACAGAAAAUCAGGGGGAGUGAGUUCUAUUUUUUUUUUUUAUCGUAUAAGGGGAUUGGGACCUGUGAAUCCUGAACCUGCUUGAUGUGUUUCUGGGGUUGUAAGCAGUAAGCAAACUUUUCAAAAAAUCAGGGUUUGGAGAUGGGGUGAAAAAUCGGCUUUCGUAUGGGAGGUGUUUUGUUUU